AUGGCCAGCAAGUUUGGGCUAGCCGGCGGCAUCCCGGAGCGGCGGGUGAGGCCGAUCUGGGACGCAGUCGACUCGCGUCAGUACAAGGCCGCGCUCAAGCUCUGCACCGCGCUCCUCGCCAAGCACCCCACAUCCCCCUACGCGCUAGCCCUCAAGGCUCUUAUUCUGGAAAGGAUGGGAAAGCCUGAUGAAGCAUUGAGCGUGUCCCUGAAUGCCAAGGAGCUAUUGUAUUCUGACAACAUUUUUCAUUUUGAUGAUCUUACACUUAGCACUCUACAGAUAGUAUUUCAAAGGCUUGACCGAUUGGAUCUUGCUACUUCGUGCUAUGAAUAUGCCUGUACAAAGUAUCCAAGUAACUUGGAAUUAAUGAUGGGACUUUUUAAUUGCUAUGUUAGAGAGUACUCAUACGUGAAACAACAGCAGACAGCUCUCAAAAUGUACAAAACUGUAGGAGAAGAAAGGUUUUUGCUUUGGGCAGUUUGCAGCAUUCAACUGCAGGUGCAUUUUAGCAGUGGAGGUGUGAAAUUAUUGGCACUAGCUGAAGCAUUGCUGAAGAAGCACAUAAAUUCUCAUAGUUUACAUGAGCCAGAAGCACUUUCUCUCUAUGUUUCAAUUUUGGAGCAACAGGAAAAAUAUGAUGCUGCUUUGGAAGUUCUUUCUGGAGACUUGGGGUCUCUUCUGGGAAGGGAGGAGGACAAGCUUCGUUUGCAGGGACGUCUUCUUACUCAAGCAAGUAGCUAUCCGGCUGCUUCGGAAAUAUAUCAGAAGGUUCUGGAGUCUUGUCCUGAUGACUGGGAGUCCUUUCUCCAUUAUAUAGGAUGUUUGCUGGAGCAUGACGUGAAUCUCCCUAAACCAUCCACUGGCGAACACACUUGUCCUUCUUGCUCUGUUGAUUCAGCAUUAUCCAACAAGACUUCUCUUAGCAAGGAGCUGGUUGAAUCUCGCCUUACAAGUGCGUUGUCUUUUGUGCAAAGUCUACAAGAAAAUAACUCAAGCGAUUGUGUCAGAGGACCUCAUUUAGCUAAUAUUGAAAUUGAACGGCAGCGGUGCCUCAAUGGAAACCCAGAUAAUAUCAAGCUUAUGGAAGCUUUGGUGAAGUACCUCCACAGAUUUGGUCAUUUGUCUUGCUCAGCAUCUGAUGUUGAAAUUUACCUUCACAUGCUAUCCAACAAUGAGAUAUCUGAGCUGCUAGGUGAAAUCACUAGAUCUUUUGAUGCAUCAUCAAUUUCAGCUAACACACUGGGUUCGACAAUUACUCUUUUCAAGGUCCAGGAACUUUUGGGAACUUUAUUCACAAAAUCAACUUCAGAACUUCAGGGCAUUGCAAAAAGAAUGGUUGAUACCUUUUACAAAAAUCUGCCUCUCUCAAAUGACUUGGAUCCUCAGGAAAGCAUGUACGGUGAAGAACUUCUGUCAAUGGCCAGCAGUAUCCUUGUGCAGCUAUACUGGCGCACCAGGGACUUAGGAUACCUACUUGAAGCAAUUUUGAUACUGGAGUUUGGAUUGACUGUUCGCAAGUAUGUCUGGCAAUACAAGAUUACUCUGGUGCAUCUUUACUCUUACUUGGGGGCACUUCCUUUAGCACAUAAAUGGUACACAACCUUGGAAGUGAAAAACAUUCUUCUAGAGUCUGUUUUGCACCACAUCUUGCCACAAAUGUUAAAUUCUCCCUUCUUGCAACAUGCUGCUGAUCUUGUUAAGGAUUAUUUGAAAUUUAUGGAUGAUCAUUUGAAAGAAUCUGCUGAUCUUACGUGUCUCGCAUAUAGACACCGUACUUACUCAAAGGUAAUUGAGUUUGUUCAAUUUAAAGAUCGCUUGCAUCGCUCCAUGCAAUAUAUUUCUGUAAAAUCAGAUUCUGUUAUGCUACAUCUGAAGCAGAAGGCGGACUCUCUUGAUGAAGUGGAGUCUAUUCUUGAAAGUGUGAGCCAUGGAACAAAGCUGGUUGAGCUAUCUAAUGAGGAUAGCAUGAAAGACUUAACCUUCAACGAAGAUCUUGAUGCACGGCCUUGGUGGACGCCAACAAGCAGCGUUAAUUUACUUUCAGAACCAUUUGAUGAAAGUUCAACACCUGCAAGCUAUAGAGCCAAAAUGUGCAAGCACAUAUCUAAUGAGAAAGAUGGUUCGAAGCUGAAAGAUGUAGAGAGAAAAUCUCUUGUUCCUCGACUUGUUUAUCUUUCCACACAUGGUUGUGCGUCUUUUCUUAGGGAGAGUGAAUCAAAUGGUGUGUCCUCUGAUGUUACUGCUUCUGGGGAGAUGAAAACUUUGCUUGAGAAAUAUGCUAGGAGUAUUGGUUACUCUUUUGAUGAUGCUCUAAGUGUUGUUCUGGGUAUCUCAUCUGGCAAGAAGGCUGUCAAGGAUUUUGCUCCUGAUAUAGUCAGCUGGAUGAGCUUUGCUGUGUUUAUCAAUGCUUGGAACUUGUGUUCUAAUGUGUCAGUGAUCCCUGGAACUGACCAAAGCAGCCAAAAUUCCUGGUGGAUUGUGGAUAACCUCGUCAAAACUUGCAUAGAUGAGCAGUUGACUGAUACCAAUCAAAUGCUGACUUCUCCAGGAAGCAAUACUCCACUUCUAGCAUGGAUGGUGACAGAGCCCAUUUCCUGGCACCUUCUUGUAAUCCAAUCCUGUAUGAGAUCUAUGGCUCCACAAGGGAAGAAGAAGAAGAAAGGCGGUCCAUCUGAGCGACCAAACACACCUCACCUGCAGGCAAUUCGGAGCUCAGUUCAGUGCAUGGCUGACACUCUCCAGAGAGUCCAGAAAUGUCUGUCAGACCAGAUGAAGCCAGAAGACCAAGCUCUGGACAUACUGGUGUCACAUUUGCAAGGAACCAGCGCCGAAGGCCCCGGACAGAUCACCCGUGUCUUGGAUGAGAGCGCAGCAGCUGCCAGCUCCGAAAUCGGUGGCCGGAUCGCCCAUUCUCUAGAACCAUGGAGCUGUGCCUGCGUGAUGAGACGAAUAGUUGGGGCUGAGAAUGAGACGAUAGCCGAGUUGAGGAAGAUAUGCACCUCGAAGCUGAAGCUCCUUGCGUCCGCAUCAGCUUCCCUGUCCUUAGUGUUGCACUAG